AAAUGAGAGUACUUCCUGAUUACCACUGUCUCUCAUCCACCAUGUCAGUUGCCUCCCCAAAUAUCUCCAAGAAGUCGACAACCUAACAGAUUAAUGUAGAGAACUAAUUAGCACACUCCCAUCCGAGAUGGGUUGGCUCCCGAUGUCCAUGCACUUCUCCCAGGGCUUCUGGUAUACCACCCGCCAACUGAACGCGAUCCUCCCGGUUCAACAACACUUCAGGGCUUUGGACCCCGACAUCAUCCUUGUGUCCACCCCCAAGUCAGGCACCAUAUGGCUUAAAGCCAUCCUCUUUUCUCUCCUAAACUGAUCCUACUACUAUUCUAAUAUAAGAGUGGAUCAUCCCUUGCUCCAGAAAAAUCCGCACGAACUCCUACCUUUCUUGGAAUUCCUCCACAUGUUGGAUGCGAAUCCGGACCUCUCCUCAUUCACUUCCCCGAGGCUGUUUGCCACCCACAUCCCCUUCGGAGCACUUCCAGAGUCCAUGAAGGAUUCCAAAUGCAAGAUUGUGUACUUGUGCAGGAACCCGCAGGACACAUAUGUCCCUAUGGCAAUUUACAAAUAAUUUACUGCCCAAGGAAACUGGGACGACAAGCCCACUCGAGGAGACCUUUGACAAGUUUUGCAGAGGGGUGAGCAUGUAUGGACCAUUCUGGGACCAUGUCCUGGGCUACUACAAGGCCAGCUUGGAGAUGCCCCAUAAGGUCUUUUUCCUAACGUACGAGGAAAUGAAGGAGAAACCUCGUGAGCAGUUGAAGAGAUGGGCUGAUUUCCUGGGCUGCCCUUUCUCGGAAGACGAGGAGGAGGUUGAUGGUGGGGUUAAUGAGAUCCUACGGCUCAGCAGCUUCGACAAUUUGAGCAAGCUAGACGUGAAUCAGAACAGGAAACUCUCGACAGGGCACGAGAACAAGUCGUUCUUCUGAGAGGGCGAAGUGGGAGAUUGGGUAAGCUAUUUGACUCCUGAUAUGAUUGAGAGGAUCGACCGCAUCACUGAGGAGAAGUUCCAUGGGUUGGGUUUAAAGCCCUAGAAGCGAUUUAGUUUAUCUUCACUUGUUCACUGCCUACUCUCCAGUACCAAUGCAACUUAUACCAACAGUACUCGAUUUACUGUUUACACAGACUGUGCAAACUCUCCCCCAGUAAUGAUCGAAUUAUAUAAUAACAAUCAAAGAGGGUGUAGCAUAUGUUAUGGGCCACAAAAUUGUGAUGUCUGGUAAACAGUGACCCAACGAGUCAAAAUAGAAGCAGAGAUGAGAGAUCAACAAUAGCAUAUGUUAGAAUGAGUAAUUCAAUGAGCAGCUAUGUCAGCAGGGUGAACAGCAUCAAUCACGUCCAAUGGAUUCACCCGAGAGAAGCGAAGAUUUGCGCCUUAAAUUGCAAGGAGCCCCCGUGGUCCCAGCCGGGGGGACCCCAUCUGAUGG